GCACAUCUAACCUAUAAGUGUGUUCAUUUUGUGUAUUGUUUAUCAUUUAUUUGUGUACAAAAUGAAUGACAUGGGGAUAGUGCGGGGUGUCGUCGUUGACAUUGACCACAAAUUGCUUACCUUCGAUGUUGCACAAGCAACAUUGUGCGAAAAACCCAAAACAACAAUCUACAUGGUGCCAAUGUUUAUAGAAAACGUCACACAAAAGUUCCCCGAGGAAGGUUCACCGGUUGUCAUAAAAUCGCCCUAUUUUAAUUGCGAUCAAAGUUUCAUUCGUUCCAUGAUUGUGACACCCAAGGAAUGCGAAAUUACGGCGAAUUUCACGUUGACGCCUAUUACAAAUGCGUUUGUCGAUAUUGUCAAAGAGCUGAAUUUAGAACCGCCGGAUUUGUUGCAGCUGGCAAAGAGUUAUGAUAAGUUGAAGCAAAGUGGUGUCGGGGGUAUCAAUAGUUGCGACGUUAUUUUAGAUGUUUUACGAACGUUGCGACACGUAAACUUCGAACUUCAGUUUUUAAAUCAGAUGAAAUACGUUGAUAACGAGGCAAAUUUGUAUAAACAGUUUUCUUAUUGGACGUUUGGUACGCAUUGGAACUGGUCAGACAACAAAUAUUUGUUUGGAUUUUUUUCGGUGGAUGAUACUAACGGAACAAUAUGUUUCGCAGACUCGACGCGAAAAAUUCCUUGCGUGUUUGUAAACAAUAAAGGAAACGAGAUUUCGAAGUUUCUCAGAUCGUAUGUUUUAAUUAAGGAAUUCGGUUAUAUUACGGAAAUUUAUAACAGUUUGGGACUUUCCACAAUGGAAUAUUUUUUAAUUGAUUGUGGUAAAAUAACGAAGUUGAAUAGCACACAUUGUCAAGAGGGCGUUCUACUGUGUGAGGUUCCACUAGAAACGGAUGAAUAUAAGCAGAUGCCAUGUAGAAUUAUUUCUAAGUCACAGUUGAUUGCAGUUUCAAAAAAAGAUAGAUUUUACUGGUUGGAGGUUAUUCUAAAAGACAAUACAUACGCGGGUCUUCGUUUACAAACAGGGUUGUUAAAUUUGUACCCUUUUCUUAAAUCAGGACACAAUUAUUCCAUGUAUUACAAAAAACCACUCAAAAAAAUCAAGAAUCACGAAAUCGAAGAACUUUUUUCGAAAUCGUUUUGUUGCUACGAUGUACCACUCGGAACGCAUUUCGUUGCAACGCAUUCCACAUACUCUGACGUUUCUGACGUAUCUGACGCAUUCACAAAACUUAGAUCGCACGACCUAGUGUCUUUUAAGGGCACAAUUUCGCUAAAACUUUUCAACAACCCAAUUCCUUCUGCGACUUCUAGAGUUACAAAUGAUCGCAACUUUGGAACGCCAGGUGUAAAAACCCAUAAAAUUUUAUUUGAAGCCAACGAUAAAAUUCUAGAGGUGUAUUUGAACAAUUGGGAGAAUUUAGCAAUGCCAUAUGGUCUUAUACCGGAUAUGAAUGUGAUCGUCCAUAACGUUAAACCGCAAAAAGACAAAUAUUACAAGAGUACGGUUCUAACAUCUGUUGAAAUUGUUAGUUACGAACCGAAGAUGAGGUUUGAAACGGCGAAUUUACAUGACCCUGACUGGGGUGCGCCGUUUUUUCUAGGCGCUGGCCAUUCUAUUCCUUCGUUUGCUAUUAUUUGGGGUCGAGCCUCAGUGCGUUCCAUUUCAAGUUUGAAAAUAUAUGCUCAAGAAAUUGAUUUUUAUGAAUAUGAGCUAAAGGGACAUAUCACUUUAAUUGUUGAAGAUUCAGUAGGCGAAAGCAAAAUCAUAGCGAAAGAGGACGCCGCCAUAUUGCUUUUACGAUUGUUGCUAGGUUUGGAAGAAGUGGCUUUUAAAAAGUGGGUCGAUGGUUUUCACCACUGGGGCGAAUUGAGAUAUUCUGCAGAACCGCAGGAACAAGGAAUUUCGUACAUUUUGGGUAAAUACUUCAGACAACUGGAACGUUCAAAUUACAGGUUGAAAUUGAAGUGUAGGAAAACCGAUAAUGAACCUGACGGAAAACCUCUGUAUUUUCUACUCGACGCCCGUUUAUACAACUGAUGUACUUUAAUAAAAAAUAACGUCUGUGUAUCACUCGUGUUCCAUUUCGAUUAUUAAAGCUUUGCGGAAUUGUAUCGUAAGAGUGAAAUUUGCAUAUUUCGUGACAGGCGCAGCGAUGAUUUGUUUCCUUAUCUUGA